AUUUUGAGAUCGAAAAAACUCAAAGAUUAUGAUGUUUUGCUGUUUGAGAAAUUGUUUCGAUGGCCUAGGAUUCACAGCAACUCCUUCACAACAUGUUGUUCCAAAUCCCAUAGCCCUCGAUACUUCGCACAUGGGUCAUGAGGUUGUAAUCGUCAUGAAUGGUUCGAGAGUAUGCGGUCAAGGUGGGGCCUUAACGAAUGUACCGCUAGCACAAAGUAAGAGCUAUUUUGAGGUAAAAAUACGUCAAGAUGGCAUAUGGGGUGUUGGCUUAGCAACUCGGGCGAGUGACUUGAAUAAUGCUAUUGGUGGAAUGGAUGCGGAAAGUUGGGCUCUCAACUCGGACGGUAUAGUCAGGCAUAAUCAGCAAGAACUCCACAAGCUUCAGAAUUUGGCUCAGGAAGGGGACAUCAUUGGAGUUUCUUACGAUCACAUUGAACUGAAUUUUUACAUAAACGGAAAGUCUUUGGAUGCACCGUUGAUGGGUAUCAAGGGCACUGUAUAUCCAGUACUCUAUGUGGAUGAUGGAGCCAUAUUGGAUUUAAUACUUCAAGAUUUUACACAUCCGCCACCAGCAGGCUUUGAAAAAAUAAUGGUAGAGCAAUCAUUGCUCUAACAAAUUUCGUAUAACGAUUCUACGGCAAUUAUCCAGUUAUCGAAACGGACAUUGACGACCAUCAAAAUUCAUAUUCGAGAAAAAAAAGGAAAAAAACGAUACAACAAAACCAUAAAUUAGAUUCACCGAGUGUGAACGCCGCGGAGUAUGCGGGCAAGAUUCCAUUGUUGACAUAAUAGAAUUCUUACACACAUAGAGAUAUAUUUAGACGUUGAGAAAUGAAACAAAUAAAUAAGAAUUUACGGUACAAUUCAUGGAUUGUGUGUAUCUCCAUCCAUUACAUUUUGAUUCUCUCCAGAGUUCACUAAAACAAGUCAUUUGUUAUACCCUUUCUUUAUUUCCAUCAUCUACAGUGGGGGGAAGAAAGCGUUUGCGAAAUUCGAUUUUUUAAAUAACCGUACAUAAAAACACAAAAAACCAUCCCAUUUUUUUUCGGGUUACUCCAAUCCAAUUUUCGCUUCCAGAUUUCAAUGCUAUCUCGAAAUGGAAAGGUUCUUAUCCAUAAAUCUUCAUCAAAAAAAUGUUCAUAAAGACAGUCUGUAUUUUGAACAAUCGAAUGAAAAAAAACUGCGAAAAUAUUUUUCCGUUGUUGAAUAGUUACUCUAAUGAAACGCGACGCCCAAAUACAUCAUUGCAUACCCUCUCUAUGUUUAGUGGAGAAAGAACAUAAACUGUAACUUAUCGAGAAUUCUCAGGUUUUAUUAAAAGUUUUACACAAUCAUUAUUACGAAGGAUCAGUACAACUCUGUUUCCAUUUAUAUUACAAUAACUGCAUAUUUUUUCUUAUACAUAUAUAUAUAUAUAUAUAUAUAUAUAUAUUUAUAUUUGUAUGUAUAUAUGCGAUGAAUUUCUAAUCUUAAAUACAUGUGUGUGUAUAUACGCUACAUAGGUGUGUGAGUGUGUGUGUGUGUGUGUUCCAUAGUUAUCAGACUACUGUCUAUACAACACUGUUGUGAUGUACAUACACAUGACAUAUGCAUUUUGUUCGCUGUUCACUUCCGUAAUAUAUCUCAAUUAUUUAUUUAUAAUGAUUAACUUAUUGCGCUAAUGGUAUAAUAUGUACACUGGCUUAAGCAAGGUACCGAAGAGGCAUUAGGCCAAUCUCGUUCGCUUAACUAGGCUAGCGUCAUGGCUGGUUCGUUGAGAAAUCUUUUUUCUGUAUGACUCGUUCGACAUAAUAAAAAAAAUUCGUCCACGA